GGAGAAUCCGGACAUGGUCGUGAUGUGGGGUGUUUUGGACAACUAAAUAUGAGUGGUCAGACCUUUGUGGGGGGAUGGCUGGAUCCCAUGAAAGUCGACAAUUUCACUGAAAAGCCCUUCACCCUGAAAAGGAACUGCAAACUAGCAGAUGUUUCUCAAUGCAUUCCAGUUAAAGAUUUCAAACUGCUCCAAGGCUCCGGUCAGAAAGAGAGCAACACAAAUAAAGUAACCCAUGACAAACAUGUUGACAAUACUUACCUAAAACAAAGACUGAGGAACAUGGCCUUGGAGAUGUUGACAUUGACGGUUACCAAGUUAGCCCCUCUACCAAGAAGCAAUUCGUGGAUAUGCUGGAACAAUACCAGGAUGUGUUACAAAUAAACAUCUAGAUUGUGGAGAAUUGUGCACAGAAUCCGGCUCACAGACGACCGUUCUUUCCGCCUCCCACAUCGCAGAGUUCCAUUACCAAAAGCUACUCCAAGUCCUCACCGAGAUGGAAGAGCAGGUCCUUGGAAUCUUGGAAAACCAGAAACCGAGUUUGGUUCCCAAAUCGUAAUGAUAUGGGGAAAUAAAUGGUGACCCCCGGGUAUGCAGAGACUUCUUUUGGCUUAAUGCAAGGACCAUCAAAGAUGCUCAUCCCCUGCCUCAUCAGUCAGACUGAUUGGCAGCCCUUGGCGAAAAUACUGUCUUCGGAACCAUGGAAUGAAAGUCAGGCUUUUUCAACCUGCCCAUGCACGUUGAAGACAAGAAAUAUAUUGCAUUCAACACCACUGGGCUUGCAUGAAUGACAUAAUGCCACAGGGUCUUUGCAACAGUCCUGCAAAUUUCAAAAGAGUGAUGUAAAUCAUAUUUGGUGACCUACAUUUUAGUAGCCUGCUUAGCUAUCUUGACGACAUCCUGGUCUUUGCCCCAUCAGAGCAAAAAGCCCUCAAGAGUAAAGUCAUUCCUUGGGAUGAUAUUCUACUACCGGCAUUUCAUACCGAACUGCUCCUCAAUUGCAAAGCCUCUGUUUGCCCUUACAGCUGGUCAAAAACGCAGAGGGGAGGUUGGAAGGUCAAACCAGAAGCGCGGUGUCUUUGGAAAGGUCAAACCUGCAGGCUGAACUGAUUACUUAUGCGACUCUGCCUUCCUAAGCCUCAAGGAGAAGCUUUUAAACUGCGCAGUUCUCACUAACACAGACUUCUCCAAACGACUAAUGCUCUCUAUUGAUAAUUCCUGAUGGCCUAGAUACCGGAAGGUGAAACCAAGGCUCGUCCAAUCGCCUUUGCAAGCAAGACCUUCACUGGUUCAUAAAAGAGGUAUCCUGCUCAUCGACUGUAAUUCCUAGCGCUCAAGUGGAGUGUUUGGGAAAUUCUAUGAUUGGUUGGACGGCAUUCUUUUACAGUGUGGACCAACAAUAACCCCGUUACAGAUAGCUCUGUUGUUGUGGGUCCCUCAUCAGGAAACCACCCGAUAGCAGGUAUGACCUCAAAUGCCGUUGUCUCCUUUUUCUCUGGAGUCCCUGUGUCCCAGCGCACUACCUCUGAUAAAGGGGGGAGAAUCAUUAGUUGACAUAUAACACCGGUGCACAAUCAGUCUCUCUUCCUGGCCCCAAUCCUAGAAUCCCAUCCUCACUCUCUCUCUCCUGCAGCCAACACUGAUCCCGCCCCACUACCACAAACCCAUUAAUAAUGACAAUAAAAAAACUUGAUGCAUGGGAACAGCGUUGGGUAGCCAGGCUGUCCCAAUACACUUAGUAUCAAACAUAUCACAGGCAUAUCAAAUUGUGGACUUAAGUGGCCUCAAGUAAAGUCCCUUUUUGUAGGUUAGUGAUCCACAUGACGAUCUUUUGGCAGAUGCUGAGGGAACGAGAGAGGUAAGAGUACCGGAUGUUUUCCACUGCAAGGUUCAAUGCCUCCAGUUAGACGACUCUAAGAGUGUGGCGUCAAAGGCAGCUGCCUCCAAACAGUAUGGCAUCAAAGUCAGCCGCCUCCAAACAGAGAAGCACAGCCGCUUUGUAAUUAUGUGGUUUGUGACAGUUUUUUGACUCCACAGUCUCGGUUGUCUUCGUCGUGUCUGUUGGUCCAGAAUAAAGUAUGAAGUGUCCCAGUGUAACCUCAGUGGUCCUGCUGGCCUGCGGCUCCUUCAACCCCAUCACCAACAUGCACCUGAGGAUGUUUGAAUUGGCUCGAGAUCAUCUGGAAGACACAGGUCAGUAUAGGGUGUUGAUCGGGAUCAUCUCUCCUGUGGGCGAUGGCUAUAAGAAGAAGGGUUUGAUUGAGGUCUCCCAACGUCAGGAAAUGGCCAGAUUGGCCACAGAGAACUCAGACUGGAUCGCUGUAGGUUUUUGGGAGAGCAUGCAGCCUGAUUGGGUGGAGACGGUCGAGGUGAUUCGGCAUUACUAUGACACCCUGUUCGAGACACAGCAGGAAAGCGAUGAGACGGACACCUUUGAAGCUUCAUCCCCUCAGAACAGGAGCGACGGCCCUCAGGUGAUGUUGCUGUGUGGGGCUGACUUCCUGGAGUCCUUUGGGGUCCCCGAUCUGUGGAAGGAGGAGGACAUCGAGGAGAUUGUGGGUGACUACGGUCUGGUCUGCAUCACUCGCACUGGCUAUAACCCGUACAAGUUCAUCCACAAGUCGGACGUGCUGUGGAAGCAUCGCAGAAACAUCCACUUGGUCCACGAGUGUGUGACCAAUGACAUCUCCGCCACUCACAUGCGUCGGGCGCUUCGUCGAGGUCAGAGCAGCGGGAACCUGUUGCCAGACGCCGUGGUGAGCUACAUUCAACAGAACAACCUCUACAGUGCAGAGAGCGAGCAGAAAAACGCUGAUGUGGUUCUUGAACCGCUUCAGAGAAACUCGGGGGACACCCGAGCUGAGGGAUUUACUGCUGCAGCUGCGAGAACAGAAGUGUGAGCUGUUUGCACCGAUGGCUGUAGGUCUACUGUCAACUGAACCCAUAUCAGUUUAUUUAAGCUUCCACCAGGGCCUACUCUACACAGUGGUCUAUUCUUAUACUGCACUGAACUCCGCAUCUCCUCCGUACUUUCUUUAGAGGAGAUGGAUCUGUGAACACAAAUGUCCGAGUGAGAUGUCCACAGUACAUUCUCUGCCUGACCUCCUAGUAUUAAGUCCAUAGAAAUCCAGGAGAAGUCAUGUAUGAACACAGCAGGGGAUCCUCUGCUUGAUGUGAAAGGCAAACUGCCCCUCUACCAUGUUUCAGUUUACUCAUCUCAACACAUCAAACAAAUUAUUACUUGGUGCUGAAGAUCAAAAAUGAAGGUGUGAUUUCUAUUCACUGUGAAUCAAAUAAACCUCUUUGUUUUCCA